AUGCUUGGUGCGCAGCGUGGUAGCAGCACCGUGGACCAGUCUUUCCUUUGCAGUCCGCAGCUGCAGGACCGGCAGCAGCAGCAGCAGCAGCAGCAGCAGCAGCAGCAGCAAAACCAGCGGCGCGCUCGCGUUGCUGACGACGACGACGUCGACGGCGCAGCGACUGCGGACGGCGUACCGCAGGCGACGUUUGUGCCGCGAGACCCGCGCGUGCGGGACGGGCCCUGGUCCAAGAUCGACGCCUCACUCGUGACGGCGGCACAGGCCGACGCGGCCACGGCGGCACGGCGCGAUGUUACUCCCACCGCCGAAGGCGCUGUACUGCUGGGGCAGUCGGUUGAGGAGCUGCGGGAGCUGGUGAAGGGCCUGGGCCACGAGGCUUACAGGGGCCAGCAGAUGUACGAACAGCUGAUGCUGUCGGCGCGCGACCCGACGGCAAAGGGCGCGCACAGCAUCGCGGACCUGCGCACGCUGCCGCCGAAGCUGCGGGAGCAGCUCGAGGUGCUGGGUUUCAAAACCGGCCGCUCGGCGGUGCACCACUCUGUCUCGUCGCCCUGCGGCACCCGCAAGCUGCUGCUGCAGCUGUCCGAGGGGCGGCUCAUCGAGGCAGUGGGCAUUCCGCUGGACAAGGGGUCCAGCGGGUCCAGGCUGACUGUGUGCGUGUCUUCGCAGGUCGGCUGCCCGAUGCGCUGCACCUUCUGCGCGACCGGCAAGGGCGGCUUUGCGCGCAACCUGAGGGCCCACGAGAUUCUGGACCAGGUCAUGACGCUGCAGGAGGUGUACGGGCGGCGCGUCACAAACGUCGUGUUUAUGGGGAUGGGCGAGCCCCUGCUGAACCUGCCAGCCGUGUCAGCUGCCUACCAGCUGCUCCACGAAGGCCUCGGCCUGUCCGGCCGCGCCAUCACCGUGUCGACUGUGGGCGUCCCCAACGCCAUCCGCAAGCUGGCGGCCUUGAAGCUCCCGGUGACGCUGGCGGUGUCCAUCCACGCGCCCAACCAGGCGCUGAGGGAGCGGCUGAUCCCCAGCGCCAAGGUCUACCCGAUUGAGGCGCUGAUGCAGGACUGUGUCGCCUACUUUGCCGCCACGCGGCGCCGCCUGACGUUCGAGUACACACUCAUGGCGGGCGUCAACGAUCAGCCGCAGCACGCGCGCGAGCUUGCGGCGCUGCUGCGGUCGCACAACAUGGCGGCGCAUGUCAACGUGAUCCCCUGGAACCCCGUGGACGAGUCGGAGUACAAGCGGCCGACCAACGCGGCGGUUGCGGCCUUCAGGGGCGUCCUGGAGAAGGCCGGCGUGGAGACGACGCUGCGGGUGACGCGCGGCCUGGAGGCGGCGGCGGCGUGCGGGCAGCUGCGCAACUCGUUUCAAAAGCAGGCAGUGCCGGAGCCGCAGCCGCUGCGCUGA